CCUCCGCCUCCGCACCUCAAUCGCUAGUUAGCUUGCUUAAUGCGAGCACGGUGCCUCGAAUUUCUGCCCAUGCUUGCGCAGCAAUGGUACUACUGCAUUAUUGCCGCGCUACGUCUUAGAUCUGCUUGCUGUGGGCAGCGGGUCAGCGAUUUCAUGUUGAAAUAGAGAGGAAGAGAGUGCUGAGCGCUACAAGAUCUCGCCGAUUCUUUGAGACAGGAAUUUGUCGGUGUCGGGGAAGCUUCGAUUUGGUUUUAGGUUUUUGAAAUGGAGAAUCGGGUGAAAUGACGUCGGGUCGCUGCUAUGAUGUUGCUGUGCUGAGGGAUCGCAUGAGCAAGCUGCGCUUUGGAGGGUGGGGAGGCCGUGCUUGUGUGAGGUGAAUGAUUGCGUAGCUGGCGAGGGUUGAUGAUUGAGCUCGGAGAGCCAGAGUUGGAAGAGGUUUUUAUGGAGUUACUGUUUCGAAUUCUUAGGAAGCUUCCAGAUCUUGGCUAGAAGGUCGUGCUGUGAAUCGGAGGUGGAAUGGUUCUGAGGAAUUAGAAAUCCAGUAUCGCUGUAAGAGGCUCGGGGGAUUCUGGAGACGUGUUGCGGAGAUCUUGGCUUUUCUUUUGCUUAUUUAUUUAUUUUUUGUGAAUUGAAUUAAUAUUUAUUAUAUGCGCUAGGGGGGGACUGCGGAGGCGAUCCGAGAGUGGUGACAGAUUGGUGGUAAAGAGACACCGAGUAUUGUCGCAUUGUUGGUUAACCGAGCUGAAAUGGGGGAGUCCGAGUUGAGUAGGUUAGUUGCCUCCACAGCUCAGCUGAUAAUUGCAAGGCAGGCGCUAUGUGAAACCUUGGAGAAGACCCGGGAGCUUGGAUUGGCUUUAAGUAAGUCGGAGAAUAAGUUGCAGGAUAUUCGUGGGAGGUUGAAGCCUAUCGAGGAAGCAAUGGCGCCACUUUUGCUUGGGACUGUGUCAGCUCGAUGCUUCUCUGGUCAGAUUGAGGAAGCCUUGGGCCCAGCGAAAACAGUGCUGAAGAAAUUUGAGGAAUUAAGAGCGCUGGAAGUAACUCUUAUGCGGGAUCCUAAGGAGAAUCUCGACGCCUACCUGGUCGCUGUGCAGAAGCUUGAUGAGUGUGUCAAUUAUAUUAAGCUAAAUACAAAAGGCACUGUGAGACUCUUGCAAGACGCUGCGGAAUCCGUAAUGCAGCAGGAAGCAGUCGGAAAAGCUCAUGAACAGAGGCUUAUUGAAUCCAUUUCUCUAUUGAAAUCGUAUAGCACAGGUGAACCAAACCCAAAUUUGGAUGGUGGACUCCUGGGCAUUGCAUUGGAGAGAAUAGCCAAAGAAUUCAAGCGCAUAUUGGUACAGCACACGUUACCGUUGACACUUCCUGAUCGCCUGGACGAGGCCGAGAGGACGAACGGGAACGGCUUAACAGAUCAGAUUCUGCUACCACCUGCAGUAUUGAAGCGGUUGCAGGCCAUCAUGCAAAAUCUAUCCAGUAACGGAGGUCUUGAAAAAUGUGUUGAGUCAUACCGAGAGAUUCGAAGUACCCGAGCUUUCGUCAGCCUCCAGGGGUUGAAGUUAGACUACUUGAAAACUUGCAACCCAGAGGCCCUUGAGAAAAUGGACUGGGAUAUUCUGCAAACCAUGAUAGGGAAAUGGUCCGAGCAUAUUGAGGUAGCUGUGAAGGUGUUAUAUGCUAGUGAGAAGCAGCUCUGUGAGCAAGUCUUGGGGAAAGUUGCCAACGGUGCCUAUAUCGACGAAUGUCUAUAUAAGGUGGCGAGGAUAGGAAUGGGCCAGUUCAUAAGUUUUGGAGAGGGUGUUGCUCGCAGUCAGCGCGCUCCUGAAAAGUUAUUCAAAUUGCUCGACAUGUACGACGCACUGGAAAGAUGCAUGCCAAAUGUAAAUAGUUUAUUUGAUGGCGAAUGUUGUCGUGAGCUCCGAUUGCAAUUACGGGAACUACAAAAAAUGAUAGUAGCUCAAGCCUGCUGUACUUUCUGGGAGUUCAAACAAUGGGUAGUUGAGCAGCAGCAUGAAGUGUCGGUGGCGCCCGACGGAAGUGUGACAAAACUCAGCAGUUAUGUGGUCAAUUAUCUCAAAUACUUGGUCGGUGAUAUAUACAACCCAAUCAUGGACAAAGUGCUGAAAAUUGAACAAACUUGGCGAGGCCAGGCCCGACCAGAAGAGAGUGGACUGGCUCAUGGCGUUCUUCUCUUUAUGCAAGCGCUUGAGCGACAGGUUGAAGCGAGGUCCAAUGAUUAUACCGACCCUGCAUUGCGAUACAUAUUUUUAAUGAACAAUAUAUGGUAUAUGAGAACGCGCUCUAAGAAAUGUGAGCUCGGUGGAUUGCUAGGGGAUCAAUGGUUAACUGAGCAGCGUCGAAAGGUAGAGCAAUAUACAUUGGCAUACGAGCAUGAAGUCUGGGGUGGAGUGCUGAAGUACCUCACUCGAGAAGGGAUCAACUCACAAGCAGGAAGGAGUGUGGUCCGAGAUCUUGUCGCCAAACGCAUACGUGAUUUUAGUUCCGCUUUCGACUAUGCUUGUCAAAAGCAUCAAAGAUGGAUUAUUGCCGAGGAAGAUCUCCGAGAAGGGACUAAAAACGCUGUUGUUCAGGCAGUUGUUCCCACUUACAGAAAUUUCCUUAGUAGUUUUGGGCACCUAUUGGAAUCUGGAGGUGGAUCCAGGAAUUACUGCAAGUACACGCCUGAGAACAUCGAGCAAAUGAUAACCGAUUUGCUUUAUGGAAGGCUUGAAUUAUCUCGACCUGGGGCACAUCAGGGUGGGCAUGGCAGCCAUGGUCCACACGGAAGACAAGCUCACGUGCCUUACGCAGGGGAUGGCCAUAGAUAGGUAGGUCAUGCUGCUCUUCCCGUUUGAGAAGAUGUAAAUCUUCAACGUCCAAGCCAUGUUCGCACUCUAUCAAAAAUAUAUUCAUAUUUUCCAAACUCCAAGAAAUCGGCCUUCGUGGCGACGGAAUAGGCUAUAGAUUCCUUUCCAGAAUCAUAACCAUUCGGUUGAUUGUCACGACCUGUUCAAACUUCAAUGAUAGCGUGAUAGCGUAUUGCUGGCGGUUUGCAAGUUGGAGAUGCUGACGCCGCUGCGACAAGUUAAUCGCGGCUGGGGUAGUCAACUUGACGGUUUGCCCUCUUGACUUUGUGCGUAACAGUAGAAAUGAUUGAAAGCUUGAUUUUGUACCUAGUACGCUAUUGAUUCUGAAGUAGACAGUUCUGUUUAAAAUUUGUUUUUAGGUUAGAAUUGAGUCAAAUGUGAGUGUUUGGAGGUCUUGACAGCCAGGGCGUCCUUUUAACAUACUGCACCGAGGGUUGCAUUCUCAAUGAGGUGGAAACAACUGCUCGAUGUUAUAUUUUAGUUUAGUGUAGGAAUUUAUUCAUGAAUUUAUUCAUGAAUAAGGUCAAUAGGUCACCAAAAUGGGCCGAUGACUUCUACAAACUUCCCACUUUUGUAGAGCUGUCUUAAUGAUGUUCUGGGUCAUAUACAAGUAUUUGGCACAAUGAAGGGGAUGCACCUACAAGUGAAUUUAGCAACUUUUGACAUGCCAUAUGCAUUUUAACCUUUGAUUUCUUUACUCGAA